AUGCCGAGCCAGGAGACCGUGGGCCCGCAGAGCAGCCAUUUGCCGAUUGUGCCGCGUUCCUUCACGGCUCGUCAGCCAGAGACCCUCCGACUUUAUCCCCUUUCGAACUACACCUUUGGUACGAAGGAGAACCAGCCCGAGGAGGACAACUCUGUUGUGGAGCGAUUGAACCGCUUGGAACAGCAGUAUGAGGUUCAUGGCAUGCGCCGCACCUGCGAGGGCAUCCUGAUCUGCCAUGAGCACAGCGUUCCCCACGUUCUGAUGCUUCAGAUUGCUAAUGCCUUCUUCAAGCUGCCCGGUGACUACAUUCAGCCCGAGGAUGAGGAGAUCGAUGGAUUCAAGAAGCGCCUCAAUGAGCGCCUUGCUCCUACCGGUACCCAGUUUACUGGCGAAGGUGUCAAUGGUGACUGGGAGAUCAGCGAUUGUCUUGCUCAGUGGUGGCGACCCAACUUUGAGACCUUCAUGUAUCCUUUCGUUCCUGGCCACUGCACCCGCCCCAAGGAGUGCAAGAAGCUGUACUUGAUUCAGCUCCCCAAGAAGAAGGUUCUUUCCGUCCCCAAGAACAUGAAGCUCCUUGCUGUCCCUCUGUUUGAGCUCUAUGACAACAGCGCACGCUACGGUCCUCAGCUCUCGGCAAUUCCUCACCUUCUCUCGCGCUACAAUUUCGAAAUGGUGGACGAGGAAGACAAUGUAAUUGCCGUGACACCCUUGGCUAAGGAGUUGGACCCUCGUACCCAGGUCGUUGACAGCCAGGGCAGCUCCAACAAUGGUAGUGGCCAAACUGGCGGUGCUGACAAUGACACUGGCAUGACUGGUCUCGAUGAUCAGCAGGAAGGCCAGGCCAUUGAGUCCCACCAGGGAUAA